CUUUUUAUAUCUCAAGUUUGUGUGGACCUCCAAUGCUAUAUGGUUGACCACCUCAUUAUCACGUUGAAGGGAAAAGUCAGGUUUGUUCUUUGUUAGGGAGUUGUGGAUGUUGAUGGUUACCUACUGCUUGGGGCUUGUGUUAUGGAUGUCCUUUUACCACUUAGAAUACAUAUUGUUUCUCUUCUUCAUGGGUGUGAACCGUGCAAUUUAGAUGGUUUGUAUUGAGUUGGGCUCUAUUUACCAUAGCCCAUUGCAGUUCCAUGACAGGGACAUAGUUCCCCAUGUAAACUUAACUUUAUUAGUUCAUUAGUUGACUCUAUUCUGCUUUCAAAGGGCCAUAUGUUUUACAUACCUUUUCAGAACUUCCCCAUAUUACACAGACUGUUUCCAAGCGGGUGUUCAUUUCCAUAUUUUCUAGUGAAAAUCAAACUCAUGGACGUCACGCAGUGGAGUAUUGUUGUCCUCUAAUAGUUCAGCUUGCUACUCGGCGUCAGUUAUGAUUUGGGAGCUUCAUGGAUGGUUGAGCCUAUAUGCUUAGCAGAGCAGAGAACCCUCUGUACUUUCAGGAAACGUGAGUCAGUGGAGAGCCUGCCUUCCACCCUGCGUUCAGGGAACCUGAGUGUUCUGAAGAAGCGCUGGGAGCAGCCAGGUCCUCGCCAAGACAGACCCGCCCCGCUAUCCAACGGGCCACCCCGUGCCCGCCUCUCCCCCUCUGCCAUACCAAAACCAACCCCCCUGACCGAGCACCUUCCCCCAGCCAAGUCUCCGGAAUCCUUGAACACUCAGGGUGGUCAAAGCACAGCCUUCAGCCGCUUCCAGUAUCCUGCAGCAGCAGCUAUAGCCGAGGAGGGACAGAGAGGGAUGGAGAAGAAAGUGCAGCGGCCAAGCGAGCGAGAGGAGGAGAAAGAGCUGAUGCAGGUGGAAGACGAGGUGGUGCCACCCAGCCCCUGCACACCCAUCGAGAAACCCAGCGUGCCUCUCAACAGCCUGAAGAUGAUGUUUGAGAAGGGAGAGGGCACCAAGGGAAAGGUGAGGAAAGGACUACACAGCAGCUCCUCCGAGGACAUGGACCAGAGACUAGGAGUGUUGUCCCCUGACAGAGUGGUUGAGACCACCUCCCUGAAGGAAAGAAUGGCCAAGUACCAGUCAGCCGCUACCAAAAAGGGCCCACUAGCACACACUACCAGUCAGUCAGAGCGAGAGUAUAACAGCCUGAAGGAGAAUGUGCCCACUAGUGGUGUGGCUGUGAGCCAGGCUUUAGAGUCCUACAGCAGAAAAGUUGCUGUAGCAGAGACCAAUGGGGAUGGCAUGGACAUAUCUUCAUCCUCAGUCCACAGUGACUUGCCCAAGGCAGCCUGGAAGUUCUGCCUUUCCGCGAGGGAGACGUGCAUUACGUGCCUAAAGACAGUGUACCCGCUGGAGAGGCUGGUGGCCAACACCCAGAUCUUCCACACCACCUGCUUCCGCUGUCUCCACUGCAACACCAAGCUCAGCCUGGGGAGCUAUGCCUCUCUACACGGUAAGGUCUACUGCAAGCCCCACUUCAGCCAGCUGUUCAAGGCCAAAGGCAACUACGACGAGGGCUUUGGCCACCGCCCCCACAAGGACCUGUGGACGCCCCAUGCCGAGGAAGAAGGAGUAGACCGGGUAGUGGAGAUGAGGUCUACGGAGCGGGCAGAAAGAGCUGUGGUGGUGUCCCAUCCAGCCGAGACACCACUCUCCCCAGCCAAGCAGUCCAGCCCCACGGUGGAGGAGUCUCCCCUGGCCAAGGUGACAGACCUGACUGCCUCUCAUGAGACACACAGCCACAUUUCCUCCACUGAGAAACUCUCCACUGCCGAGAAAAUACCAGAGGCCCGCAGGCUUAGGGUUGCCUGGCCCCCUCCUGCUGACAGUGAUGCUGGAGCCUCUCCUGCUCUGGAGGGUGGUGGUGUGGGCCGGCCCUGGAGGGCCAAGUGGCCUCCGGAGGGUGAGGUGUCAUCGUCCACCCUGAGCCCCGACAGGGCCGAGCUGAAGAGCCUCAGGAGGAGCUCGUCUCUGAAGGAGCGCAGUCGGCCCUUCUCGGUGGCUCCCAGCCUCACCAACACCAAUGCCCUGGGGCCACGGGAGCCCCGCCAGCCCCUCAAAUCCCUGAUGGAGAGGAGGGGGUCGCUGGAGAACAGCUGCUCCACGCUUAAGGAACCAGAACCCCAACUCCAGAGGGGGAGAGAGGAGGAGAAAGAGGGGAGCAAGCCCACACCGCCCAGCGGCAGUAUGGUGAACGGAGAGAUCAGCUGCGAGGAGGUGGAGAGUCUCCUGGCAACGCAGGACAAGAAAGAAGAGCCGAUGAAGAAAGGAAAAGAAGCAGCAAUGGAAGAUGAAGAGGAAAGGGCUUCUUUAAAAUGCAAAAGUGCCUCUCCAGACAUCCUAGCAUCUCCACCCCUGCAACACAACCGCAGUUCCCAGGACGUGGGCUUCUGGGAGGGGGAGGAGGGAGGCGAGGGGGAGGGGGAGGAGGGAGGCGAAGGGGAGGGGGAACAGCUCACCAUAGAGGAGAUGAUCAAGAGGAACCGCUAUUAUGAGGAAGAUGAAGAGGAAGAUGACGUCUGAAUAGACACUCAGCUCUGAAUCAGACUGGAUUUAGACUGGACACACCAUGGACACACACCAACAUAUUAUGUCCCUAGUACUCCCUGUCCAAUUUAUAAAACCCAGGGAGUUCUUAAGUGCAGGGACACAACAAUUGUGAUUUUUCUCUGUUUGGGUGUAAUUUGUGAUCAUUUUGAGUGUUUGUUUCGUUCACAGUAGAAAAGUUAGCAAUACAUCACUUACACUACAUUGAACCAAAUAGCCUGAUUUAUUUGAGUGAUUUCUGAGGGAGCCUGAUAGAAGGGACUGGUAGAUUGUAGAGAGUUGGAUUAAAAACAUUUAGUACCGUUUUGUAUUUUUACGCUGGAAAGGCUGAUCUGUGUCUUUUUUAAACUGGGAGUGAAUACAGUUACGAUCUUUAUGAUACACAGCCCUGAUUGGCGGAUAGGAUACACAGCCCUGAUUGGUGGAUAGGAUCGUCUAGACCAGGGUUUCCUAAACUCGGUCCUGGGGCCUCCCCCUGGGUGCACGUUUUGGUUUUUGUCCUAGCACUACACAGCUGAUUCAAAUAACCAACUCAUCAUCAAGCUUUAAUUAUUUGAAUCAGCUGUGUAGUGUUAGGGCAGAAAACAAAAUAUGCAACCAGGGUGGGCUCCAGUACUGAGUUUGGGAAAACCUGGUCUAGACCCUAGAGCAGGGGUAUUAAACUCUUACCCUACGAGGUCCGGAGCUUGCUGGUUUUCUGUUCUAUCUGAUCAUUAAUUGUAGCCGGUCUAAAUCAGUCCCUGAUUAGAGGGGAACAAUGAAAAACUCAGUGGAACUAGCUUGGAGGUCCAGAGAAGAGUUUGAGGGCUCUAGAGCCUACCCCUUCAGAGUAGGACAAUACAUAUUAUGCAAAUAAAAGAUGACUGGUCAUUGGUCAGAAUAAUCUGAUUGUGAUGUAAUGCUGUGGGCCAAAAACUACAUCCCCCUUUUAUCAAAAGCUGUUACACUAAAAGGGCAUUAUCAACAUUUUCACAAUUUCAGUGUUAUUUCGACCCCGUAGUGUGGAAAUAUCAAUAAAAUAGGGAAAUCACGUUUGACUGCACUGCCCCUUUAAGUGGGCUAGUACAAAGCACUGCCAGAUGGAUUCCAGGAUCAGAGCUGCUUUAAAUAAUCACAAGCAGUCGCUUCAUGGGUUUGAUAGUACUUGAUCUUGUAAUAUACCUUAAGAAUCAAAAAAGGCUUGUGACAGAAUGUGGUAAUUUGAUCCGGGAUGACUAAACCAACAAUGUACUAUCUGUGAUGUACGUUUGGGCCCUUUCCCUUCCUGGGUGUAUAUUUUUAGUUGUCCUUUGACACAGUGCCUGUUUUAAAUUGUAUAAAAAGCAUCCUAUUUUAUAAUGAAUUUAGAAAACUGGGUAAAUACAGAUUAUUAUUUUUACCCUCAAUGUUUAAUACUUUUUUGGGGUCCUCCAUAAAGUAAUCUUGGAAUUGUACGUCUUGAGAUGUGUUUGAAAUAAAUAAAUGGUCUAUCAUUGAUA